ACGUCCUUUAUUCGUAACAGAGUUUUAAAUGCAUUGACUUGAAACACUAUAUAUUUAUCGUUUUCUAGUCCAGGCCCCGUAUGUGAUAUGAGCGUUGUUUAUUUAUACCGUGUAAAGCUACACAUGGAAUAUGAUCCAGGGGAAUAAAAACAGGAAGAAGAGACACCAAUAAAUCUACGAUGUGAAGAAUAAUACAAAAUGGAGAUAAAGUUUUCCUCCCUUACGACUGUUUGUGUCUUCAUUUUAAAUUCCGAGACUAAUGUAGAAUCAACUUAUUACUGCGGCGGCGUUACUGAUCCCUGUACGGCAGCCGGAGAGCUUUUUGAGCCGUAUGCACGAACCCCGAACUGCCCAUAUGACGGGACACAACCUCAUGUCCCAUGUGAUCGAUACAAGACCCCGGGAUGGUACAGGUCAGACGAACCUAUACUAGAUCAGUGUCCCGCCCUCAGCAGCUGUGGGGCUAUUUAUCCCGUAUGGUAUAAUGGAACCUUACCACAAGUAGCUGAUGGUGUUGUUUCCAGGAAACUCUGUAAAACUGGAUUCUCCGAUUGCUGUGUUAAAGAGUACGAUGUACAGAUAAAGAACUGCGGCACCCAUCACGUGUACUGUCUACCGGCACUAGACGCCUGCCCUGAAAGAUUCUGUUUCGGAACGAAUGGAACAUGUGAAUACCCGACGACAACUUCAACAACAACAUCAACAACAACAGAAACGACGACAUCAACAUCAACAACAACAGAUACGACGACAUCAACAUCAACAACAACGGCAUUGCCAUCAACAACAAUUCUUACAACAUAUAAAGGCACAGAUGAGGAAAAUGCUCUUAGCAAAGACUAUAAAGAUUUAAAGAAAAAAAAUAAGGCACUGGUAGUUACAGUAGUCAUUCUCAGCCUUAUUCUAAUUUGUCUCGGUAGCUACAUUGCAUAUACAUUUUAUCGGAAAAGAAUGAGAGAAAGGGAAAUAAGUCAGAGCAGAGUGGAACUUGUACUAAAUCCCUGUACGGCAGCCGGAGAGCUUUUUGAGCCGUAUGCACGAACCCCGAACUGCCCAUAUGACGGGACACAACCUCAUGUCCCAUGUGAUCGAUACAAGACCCCGGGAUGGUACAGGUCAGACGAACCUAUACUAGAUCAGUGUCCCGCCCUCAGCAGCUGUGGGGCUAUUUAUCCCGUAUGGUAUAAUGGAACCUUACCACAAGUAGCUGAUGGUGUUGUUUCCAGGAAACUCUGUAAAACUGGAUUCUCCGAUUGCUGUGUUAAAGAGUACGAUGUACAGAUAAAGAACUGCGGCACCCAUCACGUGUACUGUCUACCGGCACUAGACGCCUGCCCUGAAAGAUUCUGUUUCGGAACGAAUGGAACAUGUGAAUACCCGACGACAACUUCAACAACAACAUCAACAACAACAGAAACGACGACAUCAACAUCAACAACAACAGAUACGACGACAUCAACAUCAACAACAACGGCAUUGCCAUCAACAACAAUUCUUACAACAUAUAAAGGCACAGAUGAGGAAAAUGCUCUUAGCAAAGACUAUAAAGAUUUAAAGAAAAAAAAUAAGGCACUGGUAGUUACAGUAGUCAUUCUCAGCCUUAUUCUAAUUUGUCUCGGUAGCUACAUUGCAUAUACAUUUUAUCGGAAAAGAAUGAGAGAAAGGGAAAUAAGUCAGAGCAGAGUGGAACUUGUACCAGAAGAGUACACGUACGAUACAAAGAACGGUGCAACUGGAGGAAGCAAUGGCGUGCCCCCUCAUCUGCAUUUUCAAGUUUGAAAGAAAACACCAAAGAAUUCAUUGUUUUUGUUUUUGUUUUUUUCUAUUUUGACAUGUUUUAUUUAUUUACGAAGACUGAUAAAUCAUAGACAUCUUAUUGACUGUACUUGUAUAUUACAUAUAAAUGAUACAUGUGAAAUAUUCAAUGUAAAAUUUCACAUGUCUGCAGCAUAUGCCAUGAAAUAAGUGGGAUUUUUCUAUCUAUUGCUUUUAUUAGUUUUGAAAAAAAAUGUUUAUAGUCAAUUGGAUCUAUUAAUAAAGCUUGGUAGUCUCCACCAACUCCCUUUCCAGCCUACUUUUAUUAAAGAAGAAGGUAUGGUUUUAGCUUUAUUGCGCCCUAUUAAAAAUGAAAUGACAUCAAAAAAUUUUGAAACUGGCUUAAAUUAUAGUUAAAUAAAUGACUCUGAUCAAUCAGGAAAGAAUAUGGCAUGAAGGUUUACCAUUCUGCAAAUAUGACGUCAUUAAUGUUUAGCACUUUUCAUUUUUCAACAGAAAAGCCUCAAAAUUGCACAUUUCAAGGGCGAUUUUCCUUUAAAUAACAGUGUCCACAGCCGUCGCCCACGUUAAUUUUUUGAUGUUUUUUGCAAAAUUCAAUAACAAAUCACAUAUCUCAAGAUCCUUUUGGGCGAUGCCUGUGGAAAAUGUUAUCUGAAAGAAGUUUUCAUUGAAAAUUAGUGUCUUCUGCAACUUUUUAAGUAAAUACGGGAAAAUGCUUAUGUUUAUGACGUCAUAAUUAGCAUUUAAAAACACAUGUGAGAAAAAAUGACUUGUAUGAUUUUUCUGCAUUAAAUUUCAACUUUUACACCAGUUUCAUUUUUUAGAAAAUCACAGGGCCAAAUUUGUAUAGAAACCAUACCUUCUUCUUACAACUAAAGCAGGAGACAGUACUUUGUAAUUUAAGAAUCAUCCAUUAUUUUUUAUCCUUUAUUAGAAAACAAUUACUACUGAAGUGUAUGCACCAUAUGUAUCAUCUUCGAUUGCAUAUGUACAAUACUUAUUUGUUGUUUUCAGACAGAGAGAGAGAGAGAGAGAGAGAGAGAGAGAGAGAGAGAGAGAGAGAGAGAGAGAGAGAGAGAGAGCGAGCGAGGGAAGAGCUAAUAAACCAAUUACUCUAUUACUUAAAUUGUCUUUCUGCACAUUUCAGAUUUGAAUAUCCGUAAUGCAUAGAACAGUAAUGAUUAAUUGUUUCAAGCAUUUAGAUUUUACAGGGACUUUGCAGAACACUUCUCAGUUUGAAAUACGUAAACUGAAUUACAAAGGUUGUAUAUUUCCUUAUAUUUCGAAUGAAGAUCUACUAGGUUUUUUCUGAGUUGGGGGGCACAAAAAUAUGAUUUAUUACUUUAGAAUGAAGAAUUACUUGUAGAUACCACACAAGUUUUCUUUUCUCACUCACACAUUGGAGUACAAUAAUCUAAUGUUCUUGUACAUAUCAACUUUAUGAAUUCUUUCAAUUUCGAAUCUUGCAUGACUUAUUUUUUCUUUGUUUUUAGUAUAUACACCUGUAUAUUUAGCAUUUUAUAACGUAUUGUGCAUUUUGUUUUUUUUACUCAAUAAAUUUCAUCGUAAAAC